AUGCCUCCGGAGAUGGUCUCCUCUCCGAAGAGAUCUCUUUCAACCGCAGCACCUUCACCGUAUACACAUGCAAGUUCAUUACCGUCACCGAGGAUGUCACCUUUAAAAUCCCCCGUCAACAAGUAUGACGAUGAUUUCGAUCCGGAAUACGCAGAGAAGCUCCGCAACAACCCAACCGUCCAACUGGCAGUCAAGUCCUUCCGGACGAUGCGCCGUAGUGCGCUCACCCCGGUGGCCAGACGAUUACGAGAUGUUAUGGUGCAAAGAUAUCCAGUCUAUCCACCCGCGGUCAACCUCGACGCUCUCAACAACAGCGAUUGGACGGAGGUAGCGAUAAAUGUGCCGCGAUUGCCAUCGGGGUACAAUCAUACCAAUCCGAGCAAAGGCAUGGUCAAUCCCGCCAAGUUGAUACGCAACACAUUCGGUGCAGACAUCCUCAUCAUGGUCGGCACUCUUCUUGCAUUUGCUGGCUCGGCCGUGACGUUAUUCGCCAGUUACGGAAACUUCACUAGUCCUGAAACGAGACCACUGAUCCUGGGUCUCGGACCACCACUGAUAGGCGUCGGAUUCCUUUUCUGCUUACUUCGAUUGUUUUUCUGCCGAUCGCGUCCGAUGAAUUGCUCCUGUUGUCGCUCGGGAGCGGGCGACGCACCGAAAGUGCCGGGUUCUGGUAAGAUGAUGCCAAGCGUCGGCAAGAAAGUUCACCCAAUACUCGAACAAAUUCAGAACGGGAAUGGGAUUCACAUGAACGGCUCUAUGAAGAACGGUGCACCCGAGACGUCGACGAAUAAUGUGCCUGAGCGGAAAUUCAGUGGACCCGUUUGGACGAUAACUUGAAAUCACGAAGCUCAGUCAGUUUAUGAGGACCAGCGAGUCUAAUAAUUGUUUGUGAAUAUGUACAAUCGGCACACGUCGGAGGUAUUCGAGCGUGAUGGAAGAUGCGAGUAAUUGUUGUUGAGACGCGAGAUUUCUAUUCAGAAGAGUUUAUACCGGUGUUGCGUGUUGGUAAAUGAAUAUUUAUGUCUAUGA